GCAACCGCGACUAUGGUUCGGCGCCAAAUGCCGCCGCGCGCCUGCAAGAGCAAGAGCCAGAGCGCCGCCAGGCCCAGUCUUAGUCCCAGCCGCCUGGCCAAGAAGCCCAGCCUGACGCCGACCACCGGUUCUCAGGCGCCAUCGCAGACCAUCGCAAAGUCGAGGCCUACCGGUCUCGAGACGAUUUUUGAACGGCCCGGCAAUGAGGACGACGGGCCCACCAGCAGCCAUGCCGUGGCAUUCGGCGAGUGCCAGCGCCGCGUCCUCGCCCUGGGUACGGGCGAAAAAAAAAGACCCCUGUCGCAGAAGAGCUGCCUGAAGGUGCGCAACACCUUGGGCGAACGCAGCACCCGGCACAUGAUGACACUGCGAGCGUCCCGCACUACUUUGGACAGCGUAAUGCUCGGGGGCUCGGACGAUGAAGGCGAGUCGGUCGGAGUCGCUCCCGCAGUCGCUCCCGUAGCUGCUCCCGAAGUCGUUCCCGCUGGAGGAAAUGCCGGUACAAAUCAGCCGGCACCAUUCGUGCUGCGCACCAGCAGGAGGCUCAAGAGUCUGCCUCCGUUUUAGAUUGUUGCACCUUCCACCCUCCAAAUGAAAGAAAAAGAAUAAAGAAAAGAAAAGCAAAGAAAAGAAAAACCCUCUACAGAAUGUCUCUUUUGCUCUCAUUGUAAAUUGAAGCGCCUCUUUCGGCGGAACCUACCCCAAGAGCGGAAAGCGGAGAUCAAUUAGAAUUGUGAACCCCAAAGCGAGCGAUUGAUACGAUACACUCACGAGUACUCAUGCCCAAGCCCGAGUACUCUGUCCAGCAUCCACAUCGGGGAAUCAACAUAAAUGGGUGGCUCCGCGGACGGUGUUCCAGCAGUCGCGCUUGGGCGGUCCGAGUGAGCAGUAACGGAUCUUCUGCAGAAAUCAGUGCAUAGAUACAGUAUCUGAAGGAUCAAAGUGUUGAAAAUCAAUUAAAAGAUGGACGAGGCUUCUGGCACGACGACAACCGAUGGCAAGUCCCUGGAUGAGGCGCCGGUGGCCGCAGGACUGGAGCCCACACAGCAGAUCGGCUUCCUGCAG